AUGCCUCUGAGCAUACAUCUCAACAACCAGAAGCGCUGGUACUCGGGGGGUGAAACGAUAAGCGGUCACGUCAAGUUCCAGUGUACUCAAGCGACCGAAAUCGAGGACAUCCGGGUGAGCUUCACCGGGCGCACCAAGGCCAAAGUCCAGAAAGUCAAGGGAUCGGCGGCUCCUUCAGCCAGCUAUCGCAGCAAAUGUGUGCUGUUUGAGAAAGAGAGAAUCCUGUCGCAUCUCGAUGGCGGAAAAUUGGAUCCAGUGACGUACGAGUGGCCAUUUACUUUCACGUUUCCUGCCUAUGUUCAGUCGCCAGGCCCGUCAUCCGGAUGGUCCGAGAAGCCUCCUUUCCGCAGCGAUGUAAAUCACCCGCUACCGCCGUCGUUUGCAGCAGAGACGGGGGACUCCCUUCGUAACUUGGAAUGCGUGAUCGACUACCGAGUACAGGCUGAAAUAUCCAAGCCACAGAGAGGUCUCCUGGGGAAGAAAUCAGCCUUGUUCAAGGAGACGCAGCACUUGAGAUAUCUUCCCUCAGCACCGAACGCGGAGAAAAGCGGUGACCAGUCUGCCCUUUAUCGACAGCAAAGAGAGGAAGUGUUCGAAAUCCGCAGUAUCUUGCUCCUUCCUGAAAACAAAGGGCGAAGUUUAACCUUCCAAGAGAGAUUCCAAUCAUGGGCUUCGACCAAACUGCCCCGUUUCAGCUUCAAAGCGACGUUCUCCUAUCCCACUUGCGUCAAGCAAGCAUCGACUAUCUCAUGCUUCUUAGAUAUCCUCCCAUUUAUGGAAGACUCAUCUGUCGGCCAGCCUCCGGAUAUUGUAUUGCAGUCUUUGUCAUUGUGGAUUGUCAGUCAAACCGCUGCUCGGGCUGCGCCUUCUCUGAUAGGAGCCUUGUCAGGACAGGUGGACGAAAAGAUCGACUUGCUAAGUCAAAGUCAUAUCGCGAUGCCUGUUAUGGGGACUUUAGAUUUGUCCCAAGCCUUCGGAUCACUGAUGCUUGGCCGGCCGGACAUAUCUUUCAGCACAUUCAAUCUCAGUAGAUCCUACAGACUUUGCGCAUCCUUUGUGUUUGAGUGCGCUGGAAAGUUGGUUGAAUUCAAUCUCACCGAUAUGCCAUUUGACGUGGUGGCCCAAGUUGAAGCGACAAUGGAGGAAGAGGCACAGAGUUCUUGCGCGCAGGGCUCUCCGCCGCCAUAUGACCCUGCUUCUAGCAUAUCGACAUAG